CCUCUCAUCCCCUCCUCUUUUUCAUCGUCUCAAUUUCAUCCAACAAACUUCCUGCAAAUGGAUCCCCAAGCCGUGAAAUCAAACGUAGUUCUCAUCCUCGAUUACGGUUCCCAAUACACCCAUCUAAUCACUCGUCGAAUCCGAAGCCUUUCCAUUUUCUCCCUCUGCAUUUCGGGCACUUCUUCACUCAAAUCCAUCACUGAUUUGAACCCAUCUGUAAUCAUCCUCUCCGGUGGCCCCCAUUCGGUCCAUUCACAGGAUGCCCCUUGUUUCCCAGAUGGGUUUGUCGAUUAUGUUGAAAAAAACGGCAUCUUUGUGCUGGGGAUCUGUUACGGGCUGCAGCUUAUCGUUCAGAAGUUGGGUGGGGAAGUGGCGAUUGGGGAGAAACAGGAGUAUGGGAGGAUGGUGAUUGAAGUUGUGAAAGAUUACGGUGGGUUGUUUAAGGGUAAACAGAUUGGUGAUAAGCAGGUGGUUUGGAUGAGCCAUGGCGAUGAGGCCGUGAAAUUGCCGAUUGGGUUUGAAGUGGUGGCGAGGAGUGAACAGGGUGCGGUAGCGGCGGUGGCGAAUCCAGGCCGCCGGUUUUAUGGGCUGCAGUAUCAUCCGGAGGUGACACAUUCACCAAAGGGAAUGGAAUUGUUGCGGCAUUUCUUUUUCGAUAUAUGUGGGAUCACAGCUGGCUGGAAGAUGGAAGAUGUAAUGGAGGAAGAAAUCAAAGUGAUCAAAGGUAUGGUCGGGCCUGAUGAUCAUGUUAUAUGUGCAUUAUCAGGAGGUGUCGACUCUACUGUUGCAGCCACUCUUGUUCACAAGGCCAUCGGCGAUAGGCUGCACUGUAUCUUCGUUGAUAACGGUUUGUUAAGAUACAAGGAGCAAGAAAGAGUCAUGGGAACCUUUGAAAGCGAUCUUCAUCUGCCGGUUACUUGUGUUGAUGCUUCAGUGCAGUUUCUUAGUGAGUUAAAAGGUGUUACAGAUCCUGAGAAGAAGAGGAAAAUUAUUGGGAAGGAGUUCAUCUCAAUCUUUGACGCCUUCGCUCAUGAUUUGGAGCAAAAAUUGGGAAGAAAGCCUACUUAUUUGGUUCAAGGAACUUUGUAUCCAGAUGUAAUCGAAUCUUGUCCACCACCCGGAAGCGGAAGAACCCACUCUCACACAAUCAAGAGCCAUCAUAACGUCGGUGGUCUUCCUAAAGAUAUGAAGUUGAAGCUUAUCGAACCACUCAAGCUUCUAUUCAAGGAUGAGGUUCGUGAGCUUGGGAGGAUUUUAGAUGUUCCAGUAUCGUUCUUGAAACGACAUCCGUUCCCUGGGCCAGGACUUGCGGUGAGAAUUCCCGGUGAUGUAACUCAAGGAAAUGCACUGGAUAUCCUUCGCCAGGUGGAUGAAAUAUUCAUUCAAGCAAUCAAGGAUGCUGGGAUCUAUGAUGUUAUAUGGCAGGCUUUUGCUGUAUUCUUACCGAUAAAAACAACGGGUGUUCAAGGAGAUCAGAGGACUCAUUCUAAUGCUGUUGCACUUAGAGCCGUCACAAGUCAAGACGGCAUGACUGCUGACUGGUACUAUUUUGAGCAUAAGUUUCUUGAUGAUGUGUCGAGAAAAAUCUGCAAUAGCGUUCGUGGGGUGAACCGAGUUUGUCUAGACAUUACAUCGAAGCCACCAUCGACAAUUGAAUGGGAAUGAUUCUUGAUUAGGGUUCCAACAUCAUGUGAAAUUAGCAAAGCAAAGAAACGUGUUUUUUGGAGGUUGACAACAAUUUUCUGAAUCCAUGUUUAGGCUGCCAAUGUGUUGACGUUUUAUGUUUCAUGGAGUAAGUUAUAAUCUCUUUCUUU